AUGGAUCUAAGAAGCACUUCCUUAACGGACAUAGAUCCCCAGAACAUCCAUAUCAUCAGGGAGAUCACACGCUCCGACGCAUCCUCAAUAUUCGAGGUCGCUCUCGAUACACGAAAGUACGCACUAAAGCUUUUCCACAACAACGGCGACGCCGGAUAUACACAAAAAGGUCGUGACCUAGACCGAUUCCGCUGCGAAUUAAACGCAUACAAAAAACUCGACACAUCCAGUGCCUGCACGCGCGGAUUCGUCCCAAAAUUCUACGGCUCCAUCGAUCGAGCAGACCCCGCAGCAUUCCACACUACUUUCCAACACUUCGCGCAAGACAAGCUCAAGCCCAGAGCAAUAUUACUAGAAUACCUCGCAGACGCAGAGACCCUGAACUGCGUGAACUAUUCGGACGAGCUGUAUCCCCAGGCAAUCGAGGGCAUGGAGGAGAUUCACAGGGCGGGCGUGCACCAUCAAGACAUUUACCCCAAAAAUCUUCUCCUCGUCCAUGGGAACCCUGAUAGGCUGGUGUGGAUUGACUUUGACGUUGCGACGACCUUUUGCAGAGUUGGGCCCUGA